GUGAACCAGGAGUUCGAGGUAAAAGUGGAUCAACAGGGUCUCAAGGUCCCAAGGGAAUACAAGGUGAACCUGGAAAAGUUGGAGUGGCUUAUAUUCGGUGGGGAAAAAAGACCUGUCCAAAUACUGGAGCUACAUUGGUCUAUGAAGGUAAUAAUAUUCUGUUUGUUUCUUGUCACAAAGAGACUUCUACUAAUAUGAAUGGAAAGGGGCAGAAUAUAAAUUCCAAAUUUAGUAGAUCAAAAUAUUAAUUUUACCUGCACCAGGAUGUUAUGUUUCCAUCCGCAUUUGAAUGGGUGUGUGUGAUUUACAUCCGUGCGGCACUUGCCUAAUGCGUAGUCGUCAGGGAAACAAAAGGGUUUGACCCUUGCCAACGGGCAAUUUAUAAAUCGACCAGAAAUUUAGAAAUUCUCGCUCGGAACAAUAGAACUGUAUGUCUAUUUGUUACUCUGUCAGCACGAUAAACCAAAAUAUAUCAAACGUAUUAAUAAGACAAUUGGUGGGAUUAAUGUACAUUGUUAAUGGACAAAUUGAUCAAAUUUUUGUUAAAUUUCAAUGAAAGUCGGAUGAGAAAUUAUCUUGUUUUGCCGCACAAAGUAAACUGAAUGAGUAAUUAGCCCAUUGUAUAAUUUAUGCAUGAUACUUAUUCAUACGCUUGCGGAGGUAUAUGCAGUCUCUGAGUGCCCUUUACACACGCAAAAACGCACAAGUUUGUUACAAGUCUGUUCACAAGCUGUUAACAAGAUGUAUUCGCACUGCUUGUCACAAGUUGUCAACAGGUUUGGAACAACUUGUUGACAACUUGUAACAACCUUGUCGAAAUUAUCAGACUUGUUGCAAGGUUGUUCUGACAAGUCUAUGACAUGCUUGAUAUAACAAGAUUGUUACAACCUUGUGUUGACAAACCUUGUAACAUCCUUGUUAUAUCAUGGCUGUAACAAACUUGUUAGCACAAUUUUGUAACAAGGCUGAUAAUGCCAUCAAGCUUGUUACAAGUUGUUAACAGUUUGUUUCAAACUUGUUACAACAAACUGGGAACAAGCAGUGCGAGCACAACUUGUUCAUAGCUUGUGAACAGACGUGUAACAACUUGUUUGCAGACUUGUUACAACUUGUGCGUUUUUACGUGUGUAUAUUUUUCAACAUGUUAGAUAUAUAUUGUGCCGAGCUAUCCAUGCCACCUUUAUAUUUUGACAAUGCAAUAUUCUAUCUUUUGUUCAUUUUUAGGUUAUGUCGGAGGAUCUCAUUAUAAUCACAGGGGUGGUGGUUCUAAUUAUGUAUGUUUGACACGUGAUCCAAUCUAUGCAAAAUAUCAAUCUAGUUAUCAAGAUGAUCGUUCACGAAUUUUUGGCGCAGAAUAUCAAACUUUCUCUGUUGGCAUAUAUCCCAGCAGUCUGCACGACCACGAUGUUCCAUGUGCAGUGUGUCAUGUGACCAAACGUGCUUCUCAAAUGAUGGUACCAGGUCGUAAUGUUUGCCCCUCGGGAUGGACACGCGAGUACAAAGGAUACUUGAUGGCCGAAAGGCACAAUCACCAUCGUGCAAUGUAUACAUGCGUGGAUGAAGCUCCUGAUUACACGCGAGGAACCCACGCUAAUCUUGACGGCGCUUUGUUCUAUUUUGUUGAAGGAGAAUGUGGUUCACUUCCCUGCAAGCCUUAUAUCGCAGGACAUGAGCUGACAUGCGCAGUAUGCACUCGUUAAAUAUGAACUCAUCUUUGUUUUCAGCAACUACUGAACACCAAUUAUUGUCACAUUUAAUGACUCAUUUGCACCUUUAUAUAAACUCUUAGAGAUAAUAAUCAUUUGACAUUCC